AGAAGGCAACCUCAUCUGGCCGUUGCUGUUGGAUCAUGUCCGGCCUGAUAUGAGGAUCGCUUGGGAGGAGCCUUUCGGCCCUGUCUUGCCCGUGAUCAGGAUCAACUCGGUCGAGGAAGGCAUUCACCAUUGUAACGCCAGCAACUUUGGCCUCCAGGGAUGUGUGUUCACAAGAGACAUCAACAAGGCAAUCAUGAUCAGUGAUGCAAUGGAGAGUGGAACUGUGCAGAUCAACUCCGCCCCGGCUCGAGGUCCGGACCAUUUCCCCUUCCAGGGUCUGAAGGACAGUGGAAUAGGAUCCCAGGGGAUAACCAACAGCAUAAACAUGAUGACCAAGGUGAAGAGCACUGUCAUAAACCUCCCAUCUCCGUCCUACACCAUGGGCUGAGACGUUCAUGUACAGGAAUCGGACGUUGUAUAAGCACACGAGUACGGUGUAGAGAAUUCAAAUGUUUUGUAACCACGUGAGAUCUGGAGAUCUGUAUCUCGGUAUCUGUAUGCUUCUGCAUGUACCUUGGCUGUCUUACAGUAAAAAUUUAAAAAAUAAAACAGAAUGAGAGCAAGCA